AUGGAGGCCCAUUUUGAACAGCCGGGGACGAGUCGCAGCAGCACAGUUGCAGCUUGUCUCGAGAAACCUGCUUUACUAGCCAGAUGGAAUUGCUGGCUAGAGUGGCCAGACACGGCCAAGCAUAAGGAAAAAUCGCUGGCUAGACUUGUGGAGCUUGCCGAUAUCGCUGAUCGCAGUAAUGCAGUAAAAACUCAAAAACCUUGGAAUCACGUGGACACUGCUUUUGGUGCGCAGAAAUCAUAA